UUGUCGCCAGCAGGCCGAGUAGCCCGGCCAUCCUUGCCCGCGACUGACGCAUUCUGCGAUUUCCUCACCCGCAACCGUAUCCUCCGCACCAUGUUUGGCCUCAAGAAGCUCGCUUGCAUCGCUGUCGCUGCCCUCGCUGCCAUGGCCUCGGCCUCGUCGCCUGUCAACACCACGGCGCCGGCUGUCAACGGCACGAGCGUCGUGCCCCCGGCGUCGCAGUACACCCUCACGCUCUUUGGCAAGCUUCUUGGCGACCUCAACAUCGAACACGUCGAGGGCCAGCCGCUCACGGACGAGGAGUACAACAAGGCCGUUGAUGACCUCGAGGAACUCUUCUUGAACAAGGUCCCCAAGUCGAAGCUCAAGGAAUACAAGGCUGAGCUGACUGCUCUUCUUGCCCGCAUCUCGGUCGCGGAGCUCGAGCAGCUCUUCUCGGACGUCUCGUUCGAGCUGACGAAGUACGUUCUCGAGGACAGCUCGGCCAACACGACGGCUACCGCCAACGUCACGGUGCCCGCUAACACGACGACGAAGGCGCCGGUGAUUGUCAAGGCCGCCGAGUCGACGAACGACAAGUUCCUUGGCCUCGACAACAAGCAGAUCAUUGUCUCUGGUGGAGCCAUCGGUGGCUUCAUGGUUGUCGUCGCAGUUGCGCUUGCUGUCUCGGCCUCGCGCGAGAAGAAGGCCGCGCCUGCCCAGUCCGUCCUCGCUGACAACGUCAUUGACGAGAUCGAAGCCGCCGAGAAGGCUUCGCCCGCCGCCAAGGACGCCGAUGUUGAGGACAUGACGAGCGAGUCGCCCAGCGUCGUCAGUGUCUAAGUGGACUCUCCGUUUUUGGUUGACGCGUAAUGCGAUUGAUUUUUAUGCGA